AUGCUUGAAAAGGAAUUGGAAGCCAUCGUGGACACUUUGUCUUCCGAUGACCUCAACCAAAUAGCGUUGGGCUUAUCAUCACUAGAUAGACUUUUGCAUGACCUUCUACCGAGUAUUCGGAAAUACCAUCAAGGUGCUGCUCCCGAUGCAAAGCUCGCAGGGUUUCUAGCUGCUCAAGACAGUUUUCAGUAUAACUUAGCGGCAGCGUUCAUCUCGGUUUAUAGUGUUUUUGACAACCAAGGCAGUGUUGCGCUGCUUGAGAUGGUGAUUCUUGCCAAUCGACUUCUCCUGGGAAUUUUACUUGUACAUCCAGAAUCCCGCAAGAAUUUUGGCCACAGACGCUCCAUGCUGCUUAUAGUGUCGUUUCUAGACCCUGAACACCCCAUAUACUCCAUUGAAGUGUGUGUAUCCUUCAUAUCUCUACUAGUGCACAUUCUUCUCCAGAACGUGAAGAACAUGCGUGUUUUCGAGCAGUGUCGAGGGUGUCAGAGCGUCGUCAGACAUUUAGACCCUAAGAAUGGCCGUGGGAAUGGAACGGCGCAGCAACAUCUUUCGUUCAAGGUAAUUGAAUUUCUCAUUUUCUAUUUGACAGAUGAAACAGACAUGGGUGGAGCGGGAGAGAUCAAGACGAUUGCGGAGAAGGCGAGUUUAUUCCGUCCGGAAUUUCCGGGUAUUGACGAUCUCAUAGCUAAUCUUAAUGAUUUGGGAAGUCUCUAG